UCCAGGUUUAUCUUCAUUAUGGGAACUGCAAUGAAUUUUUCAUUUCGUGGUCUUCUCCGCAGAAAGGUUUCAAAAUGGCGGAUAGCGUUAAAAAUCAUUCGGCGUUCGGCCACUUUAUUUGCACUUGGAAUAUGGCUGAAUACUGCCUGGGGACCUGUUGAAUUAGACAAGCUUCGUAUUCCUGGAGUUCUUCAAAGAUUCUCUCUGACUUAUUUGUUCUUGGCAUUAAUGGUAACUGUGUUUGCCAGGGUGGAUGACAGCCAAAAGGCGAAACAGUUAUCUCCAUUCCGCGAUAUUUUGCUCUACUGGCCCGAGUGGUUUCUCAACUUUGCCUUGCUCGCCGUCCAUAUUGGAAUAACAUUCGCUCUUCCGGUUCCGGGUUGUCCCACUGGAUAUCUUGGUCCCGGAGGAAUAAGUGAAGGUGGACAGUACUACAACUGCACCGGUGGAGCAGCGCAAUACGUGGAUAAAAUGGUGUUAGGAGAAAGUCAUCUCUACCAGCAUCCGACAAUCAAGGAAGACUACAAGACGAAGAUUCCUUUCGACCCAGAAGGUAUUCUAGGAAUACCAACGUCAAUAUUUCUCUGUUUCCUCGGCUUACAGGUCAGUUGAUUCAUU